UUAGCGGGGCCCAUCUAGGAGGUAGGUUUGUGAGCAUGGAGGGACGGCCUCCACCGCGGGGGCAAAGUGUGCUUUUUGAGGUGGGUUACCCUGAGCCUCGAUUCCACCCUCAACUGAUAGGUGGUGUCAAUUGUCCUUGCUUGAGAGAAGGACUUGGGUGAGAUGCAUGUGGAGAUUCCCCCCACUCCUAACCUGGAGCCGAGGGAAAGGGAUGCCUGGAUUUGUAUCUUUAUUCAUGGGGCCCGCGCUGCGGAUGCCAGGGUAAUCCAGAGUUCAUCUACACCAUACCCCUCACUGCUUUCAAGCAUGAUUAGAUAUUCCCUUCGCAGGCAGAUUAUAGAGCUCACCUGUUCUGGCCUCCUAGACUCAAAGAGUUCGAGCCCGGUGGGACCUCCAGCCACUUCAAUUUACAAAUGAAAUUGAGACCUAGAUAUGGGGAAUGAUCUCCUAAGACCAUAUGGCCGGUGAAUUGUGAGGCUUCACCAGAAUUCAGGCUUCCUGGCUCACACCAGUGGUCCUUCCAUCAUUUCACGUUACGUUUUCAUUUCCCUCCUUUCUGAGAGAUUGCUUUGAUGUCUUUCCUCCCUUAAGUCCUAUAGAAAUUGGUCUUAUCUCAUUUUUCUCCCAGACCUGUGGGCUCAAUUACCAGGAUCAUUUUCUUCAGGGUGUACUACAGACCUCCACAUGUGGGACAAUGGGAUUCAGCAGAGAAUGAGUCCCCCAUCCUCCUUUUAUCUGUAAGCCACUCUUUCCAACUGCCUUUCUGCCACCCACUGUCCACAUGUCUACCUUACUCCUCAAUCUGGACUUUGGGGAACCUCCUCCCAAAAAGGCAUUAGAAGGAAAUGCCAAGCACCGAAAUUUUGUCAAGAAGCGGCGGCUCUUGGAACGGAGAGGCUUUCUGAGUAAAAAGAACCAGCCCCCUAGCAAAGCACCUAAGUUGCACUCAGAACCUCCAAAGAAAGGGGAAACUCCUAGGGGGGAAGGCACUAGGAGGAAGAUCCCUCCGUUUCCCAAGAAGAAGACAGCUGCCUCCAGCAAUGGGUCAGAACAGUCCAUGGACAAGAAAGCUGCAGUGUCUUGGCUGACCCCUGCCCCUUCAAAGAAGGCUGAUUCUGUUGUAGCUAAAGUAGAUUUGCUGGGGGAAUUCCAGAGUGCCCUUCCAAAGAUUAACAGCCACGCAACCCGCUCCCAAAAGAAGGCCACUCAGAAGAAAUCCUCUCCUCCUCAGAAGAAUGUUCCACAGAACUCCACUCAAGGUCUCUCAGAGAAUAAAUGCUCUGGAGCAUCCCAGAAGUCACCAAGGAAGAUGGUGGCAAUUGACUGUGAGAUGGUGGGCACAGGACCCAAGGGGCAUAUUAGUUCCUUGGCUCGAUGUAGCAUUGUCAACUACAACGGAGAUGUGCUUUAUGACGAGUACAUCCUUCCCCCCUGCCACAUUGUGGACUACCGGACCAGAUGGAGUGGUAUCCGGAAACAGCACAUGGUGAAUGCCACACCCUUCAAGAUUGCUCGAGGCCAGAUCUUGAAGAUACUCACAGGGAAGAUAGUAGUGGGGCAUGCUGUGCAUAACGACUUCAAAGCCCUUCAAUACUUUCACCCCAAGUCCCUUACCCGUGACACCUCCCAUAUCCCCCCACUCAACCGGAAGGCUGACUGCCCGGAGAAUGCCACCAUGUCUCUGAAGCAUCUCACCAAGAAGCUGCUGAACCGGGACAUUCAGGUUGGGAAAAGUGGACAUUCCUCUGUGGAAGAUGCCCAGGCCACCAUGGAGCUGUACAAAUUGGUUGAAGUUGAGUGGGAACAGCAUCUGGCCCAGAAUCCCCCAAAAGACUAGUGGCAGUGGGGACGCUGGUGAUGUGGGGAGGCAGAUGCAGCAGCCAGGAGAAAUAGGGCAGUGGACUAAUGGACAGCUCUGCUAGCUCCACAUCUUUGGAAGCUAGAACUGUUGGGGAGAGAGAAGCUCUCCCCAAGACUUAAUAUCCAUUGAAAUUUCGCCUCA